CGUUGUUGUUGACGCCAUAUUGGGGCCGGCGGCGGGUGGAAGAGUCAUACAGUGGAGGGGAAAGCGGCUGGACGUGUUCGUUUGAGCUCCUGAAGCCGCCUCACCUCGUAAUCCCUCCGCAUCGACCGCCGCUCGCAAGCUACUGACCCUAGUCGGGGACUUUAGGAGCCGCGUUCAAGCCUCACACUUCUCGGGGUUGUUAUCGACUUCCGAAGGGAGCCAGUCUCAUCGCGGGAGCGCCUCAGGCGCGGCGCAAAGCUCGCACGGACGGUGGGGGCGGCCAGAGCCUCUCCCCGGGGAGCCGCGCCUGAGGAGGCGGAAGAGCCCCCCCUGACGCGGCUGGCGUGAGCCGCCGCCACCGCCCCUCUCGCUCCUGCCCCUGUCGGCCCCGGCCACUGCCCUGCCGCGGAGGCGGCGGCGGCGGCGGCGGCUCUCUUCUCCUCAGCCGGCGUUCGGCGAUCAGCCUUUCUCUCUGUGAACCCGUUGGUUAGGCUUUCUCAGACCCCGCGUUCCCCCUUCCCUUCCUCUGCCUCCCCCCCUCCCGUCACCCCUUCCCGACCCCACCCGAGCCCGGCGCCUUCGCUGCCCCCGGCCAUGGCGUGCGGAGCCACUCUGAAAAGGACUCUUGAUUUCGACCCACUGCUGAGCCCGGCGUCCCCAAAGCGGAGGCGAUGUGCACCGUUGUCGGCGCCCACCUCGGCCGCUGCCUCUCCGUCGGCGGCGGCAGCGGCCACAGCCGCCUCCUUCUCGGCCGCCGCUGCCUCGCCGCAGAAGUAUCACCGAAUGGAGCCGUCCCCCUUCGGCGAUGUCUCCUCUCGCCUCACUACAGAACAAAUUCUGUACAAUAUAAAACAAGAGUAUAAACGUAUGCAGAAGAGAAGACACUUAGAAACUAGUUUCCAACAGACAGAUCCAUGUUGUACAUCUGAUGCACAGCCACAUGCAUUUCUCCUAAGUGGACCAGCUUCACCAGGGACUUCAUCUGCAUCAUCCUCACCAUUAAAAAAAGAACAGCCUUUAUUCACUCUGCGGCAGGUUGGGAUGAUCUGUGAACGUUUGUUGAAAGAACGUGAAGAGAAAGUUCGAGAAGAGUAUGAAGAAAUAUUGAACACAAAACUUGCAGAACAAUAUGACGCAUUUGUGAAGUUUACGCAUGAUCAAAUAAUGCGACGAUACGGAGAACAGCCUGCUAGUUAUGUUUCAUGAAUCACGUUUUCUGCAAUUGUGGGCUGCCUUGUUCCUUGUUGAGUUGUUGCAAGAGGUCCCAAUUAUGACAUGCAGCAAUGCCAAUACCCCUCUGUGAAUACAGGUUAUUUCAAGCUUUUGUCAGUGGCAACCACUCUUAGGUAGCAACUGGUUUUGGAAAUUUCCUUGAUGUCAGUACCACCCGGAUGUGGACCUUUGCUACCUGUAUUAAUACCAGUGGCCUCAUUUGCUAUAUCAUUACAAUUUGGCUGCUUAUAUUAAUGAUAUGUUUGAAAAGGAUUAAAGCUGGUAUUCUAGAACAUGCCUUUCACUGGUUGUGUAAAUAAAACUGUAGAAUGACA